UCAACGAUGUUGAAACUCUUAAAGAAGUCAAUCAGACACUUAGCAAUGUUGAAACACUCAAAGAAGUCAAUCAGACACUCAGCGAUGUUGAAACACUCAAAGAAGAAGAUCUUCUACAUCAAAGAGAUGGUGAAGUUUUUAUCAAAGAAAAAGUAUGUCGCAGUAACUUAAGUCCUGAUAGCAAUACUUCUGCUACUCUUCAUGACAAGAAAGUAUUCUUGGGUACAAAAUGUGUCAACAAAGAAACUAAAACUCUCAGUAAUUCAACUGAUUGCGCCCAAACUAAUAAAGAUGAUGUGGAUAAACCCAAUAGUAAUGUUGAUAAAGCAACUUUAAAUUCAAACAUUGGAACAAAGAGUGAUUCAAAUGAAUUAGCGAAAGUUGAUGCAGAAUUCUCAGAAAAUGAUGCAAACCUAACAAAUACAUCAUCUGAACAUAAGCGUGAUAAUAAUUUGAUACAAUCGGAUGUACGAAUAAUAAUUGAGACGCCAGGAAUACCAGAAGAUAAAAUAAAACAAACGGGUACAUUAGAAAUAAAUAUGGUAAAUAAAAGCAGCCAGGAAUCUCUAAAGUCUCCUCCUUUGGCUGAGCCAGUAGAUUUCAUCCCAGUUUGUGAUACAGACAUGUCGACUAUUUCUUGUGACUAUAAAAUAUUUCUCCCUACAGACAAUAAAAACAUUAUUUCCAGUAACUCUGCAUCUGAGCCCAGCAGCUGUGCCGAGGAUCGUCGACAAUCGUCGACAACAUUAGAGAUUGACCAGUGUGAUAGUAACUACUACACGCUAGGUAUCCCUCUCAGCUUAAGCGGAAGUGACAUAGUGGUGACUUCCGGAGACUCCGCUGAGGUGAGCGCCAUCACUCUCAGCGAUGAAAGUGAUUCUUCAGAGUCGGAAAAAGAGGAAGAUGAAGCAGUCUAUAGCGAGAGCAACGACUCUGAAGAUGUAGACGACAUCAUCUUUGUUAACUUUGUUUCUCCCAGUGCUAACAUUCCACUCGACUUGAUUCCGCGUCACCCCACUUUGACGUCUGCGAGUCCCAAGAAACCGGAACUAGACUACACGUGCUUCUUCGACGAUCAGCUCAUAGAAGAGGACGAAAACAGUAGUAGCUACGAAAGCGGCGACGACGAUGACGACUCCUCGGAAGAAGAGUUCGUCAAUGUCAUGAAAAACACCAAGCUCAAAGUACUUCCGGUUAUCUACGAGGACGAUGCUGAUCACCUUCAAAGCAAUGACGUCAGCGACGAGGAAGAACUCGAACGAUUCGAGGACGCACUGAGUUUCAAUCUCAGAGAGCCGGCCGGGAUUUCACCGCGGUUUAAGGACUAUUUAAUUGUUAGGUCAAUACACAAUGGACAGCCACAUCGACUGAGUGAAAAGGAAGAAGGCUCAAUACACAAUGGACAGCCACAUCGACUGAGUGAAAAGGAAGAGGGCUUCUCAUUUCUAAAUGACGAAUUGCUCAAAACUGAACUGAAGUCGAACGGAAAACAUUGUUUCAAAGUCAACCCAGAGAUGAGCAAGUUACUUAAGAUCUUGUCCUUACUGGGCAUGUCACGUGACCUUAGCCAUCAUCUUCCGGUCACAUCCUUGCGGUCCGUCAUCCGUAUCCAGUGCAGACAGCUCGGGCUGAUCCCGGGCAAAAAUGUAACAACCACGGGGGGAUGCAUACUCUCCAAAUCAGCUCUGCAUCCAGUUUUCUGCGUCCUUGAACAGCUGUACGACAUGGGUACAGGUAAAAACUACACCCCAUCCUCUUCGUAUACGCCGUCCUCUCGAGCGUACACUCCUGCCGCCUCACGACCGUCCUACGCACGUACCUCCAGCUACGACCCACCAAAAUACCGGAGUGCCAACGUGAGCGACGCCAUUAAAAAGUUCGGCUCAUCUGACACAAAGUACUCAACACCGGCCUACGGAACUGAUAGGUACCAGUCAGACAAAUACCCAAGCCUGGAUAGGUAUUCAAACAGAAGCGGUUACAUGUCCGAUUACGGUGGUGGAAGUCCGUACGGCUCUUGGGACAGAGCCUCGACCAAAAGUUCGAACAGCCGUUACGGCGGGGGAAGUCGAGAGGCGUCCCCUGUCAGCACGAGGUCUUCCCGCUAUGACUACAGCAGCAGCGCCUCAGGCCCUUACUCUACAUACUCCUCCUAUAAAAGCGGCUCCGACGCCUCGCCCGUCCCCAAAACGUCGGCAAGAUCAUACGAGCGACAAUCAUCUCGAAAUUACGAAACGCCAGGUAACGGGGAUGCGAAAACGUCUCCCGUGGGCGGAGGGGGUGGAACAGGUGCUGGAAGAGUGCCUGGAUUACCUGCAGGUAGGCAGGAAGCCAGCAGCAAGCGGGGUAGGCGAGGGGUCUCGGUGGCGAGUAGUGAGUCAGACGACAGCGCACCGGAGGCAGAGAAACGAGAUCAGACCGUUCGGUAUCUUAUCUGUAGAGGGACGUCCCCGAUACCAGAGGGAGAACCUAAGGAGGCCAAAGUCAAGGACAGAGCCAGUAUUUCGAGAACAAGACGAAUCCGAGUCCCAGACCAGAGUCCUGCUGGUAUAGACAAACAUAGUGGCAAAAAAAUUAUCACCGAAAAGGGCACAGUAGACUGUGCAAUACAGACCAAUUUGGACCAACCACAGUCUCGAAGACAGAGGACUUCGUCCAACUCCAGUUUCGCUCCAGCCGGUGGUGGAACCGGUUCAGGAAACUCAAACCAACCGGGAGAGACGUUUUACAAGUACAGAGACAAGGUGUUGGGCGGGCCCGCCCCCGGACAUGGCUAUGGUAAAGGGAGCGGGCCGGCAGCACCUUCCUACAGCAAGCCUUCUUCUUCCGCACCUCUAUCGCGCACCAGUUCAAGGUCAACAGCUAAAGAUGAGCCUAGGCGAGGCUACGGUGACGAAGGGGUAAGCACUCCGCCUAACGAACGCUCGUGGAGGCAGUCAGUGUAUGGAGAACCUCCCUCGCGUGGAAGUACGCGCCGAGAGGAUGACCUAGAGAACGAAGAGGACGAUACGGACGACAGGAGCAGCCGCCACGGGCGCCGUCGCAAGGAGGGACCACGCACCAGCACGCCUAGCACACUUCGAGACAGGGAAGCGGAAAUUGGCAGUGCUACAGAAGACAAGAGAUCGUCACGCAAGUCGAAGACUUCCAGGUCAAGCUCCAGGGAGGACAUGCUCGAUGAGCGCCCACGCAGAAAGAGACACUCCAGCAAAGAGCUUCUUGAUGAGCCUGAAGGAGGGGAAAAUGCACCCUUGACUCCAGAAACGCUUUCUUUAAGAGACAGCAUUGAGAAAGUCCAUCAAUGGAAACAAAACCUUCCACCUCCAGAACCACUUUCACCUGACGCCAGGCACACAAAACGACACCCAGGCGUAGGGGCUGAGGUUAAAAAGGAAGUAUACGAGGAAACACCCAGAGACGGGCGCUCGCGCCUGUCAAGGCAGUACAGCAACCGAGACGAAUCUCCACCACACUCCAGAGAUAACUCUCCAUCCAGACGAUCAAGGCAUCGUGUCUCCCGACACGCCUCUAACGACAGCAUUCUUGAUGACGAAGACGAAGAGGAAAUAGACCCACGACUUCCGAAUAAAGACUUCAGAAAGUCAGAGUUGAACAAAGCCGAACAUUUCUACGAAGAUCCCGAUAGUUUCGAGAGAGAUGUUUCGCCUACAGACUACAAGAGAAAACAGCGUCGUAGCGACGGCUACGACUACAGCCAAAAGGUGAAAAAAUCGGGAAGCUCCUCAGAAGCUUUUUCGAAAGAAGACUCCCCAAGCCGACACCGUCACAGUGGCAUCCCGAGACAGGCAACGGAAGACCACAAGCGCUUAAACAGAGAUAACUCUCGAGAAAAUUUAGACGACAGGCGCCGCUCUCGGCGCGAACAACACGACAACGAGGUGAGCGACAGCAAUGGAUCGCAGUUUGGAUUUAACAGGGAGGAAUCUCCCAACAGAAGAAACAGCAAGCAUGGUAAGAGUAGCCGCCCAGGUUCUAGAGAGGACGUGCUGGACGAAAGGGGACAAAACUCGGCCAGACAAAGACCAAGUCAGCUUGGAGUAAGCGGCGAUGCCGGAAGGGUUUCGCAAUCAGUGUCUCAACAGUCCUUGCCCGACAUUGUUCCCAGUCCAGGGAACGAGUGGGUGGACCAGAAACAGAAGAGGCAGUACAAGGGACAGAAGUCUGGCAUGAUAGGAGAUGUGGAUGACAUUGACAACGUGUUGAACAGCAGGAAUAGAUCUACGAGAGGGGGCCAGAACAUCAUGGACGAACCAGUGCCUCACACCUCUCACUACCCACUCAAGCCAGCCCCGGCUUCUCCUUUGAGCCCCGGGCAGGACGGCGACAGGAGGGCCAGGCCAAACAGCUACGCCUUUGAGAAGGACAAGAAGCACGGUGGAAACAAUAUCAAGCAAUCCAAGUCCCACGGGGACAAGCUCAUCGACCUCGACGAUGACGUCAUGGAAGCGCAGCGCGCCGGAAACCUAUCGGCCCCGCCUAACUCGGGCCAGACCAACAGCAAGCAGCCCAGGGGCCCCAAACAAGUCUCAGCUACUGCCAAGCAGAUGUGGGGCAUCCUCCAGGCCAAGAAGGGCCUGGUGACCAUCACAGAUUUCCUCAGCCUUUGCGAAAAGCCACCUCCACAGAGGAAGCUCAUCACAGUGCCAGUGGCGGAUGAGAAUGACUUCUCUGGAUACAAGAACGCUGAGGAUUUGCUGGAGAACAUGGGCGUCGAUAUUAGGAUGCUUGAAGACUGUGCAUUACAAAUCUACAGAUAUCACAGUGGUGGGCAGGCAGACUUUGGAACAUAUUUAGACUUAGAAUCUACUUUAGAUGAACAGGCAGAUGAACUUGAAGGAUUUAAUGAUCAGAGGAAAAACACACUGAUUUUACGAACACAGCUGACAGUCAGAGUCCACGCAAUUAUAGAAAAAUUAUUGAAUUCAACUGGCAGGGAAUUGAGAAGGGCUUUGUUUUCUCUGAAACAAAUUUUCCAGGAUGAUAAAGAUCUUGUCCAUGAAUUUGUUAACAAUGAUGGUUUGGACUGUCUCAUCAAGGUCGGCACAGAAGCUGAUCAGAACUAUCAGAACUACAUCCUUAGAGCUUUGGGUCAGGUUAUGUUAUAUGUGGAUGGGAUGGAAGGUGUUAUACGACACAAUGCUACAGUGCAGUGGCUCUACUCUUUGCUGGCUUCAAAGGGACGGCUGGUGGUCAAGACAGCACUCAAGCUGUUGCUGGUGUUUGUUGAGUAUACUGAGACCAAUACCAACCAGCUAAUCAAGGCGGUCAAUACAGUGGACAGUCGCAGAGGGCUUCACCCGUGGACCAACAUCAUGACCAUCUUGAGUGAGAAGGAUGGGGCGGACUCUGAGCUUUUAGUGUAUGCCAUGACACUUGUCAACAAGGUGAUCAGUGCUAUUCCAGACCAAGAUACCUUCUAUGAUGUUACAGAUGCAUUGGAAGAACUUGGCAUGGAUAUCAUCACACAGAGGCACAUGAACAAGCAAGGGGCUGACCUUGAUCUUUUAACUCAGUUCCAGCUUUAUGAGAGUGCUUUAAAACAUGAAGAUGGAGAUGAUUCUUCAGAGAUAGCACAAGUGGAAAAUUUGAGGCGAGUUCCUCGGCAGAAGAGUGAAGGUCAGCCUCGCAAGUCCAAGAGACAUGCUCUUGAUGGAGGUAAAAAAUUGAGCAAAGCUCAGAGUACAUCCAACAUCCCCCAAGCCACUGGGCAAGAGAGUCCAGCAGAAGCUUUUAGGAGGAGAAGGCAGCAGCAGAAAGAAGAGUUUGGGGCACCAGCAGCUAAUGCAUUUGAUGAGCCAAUCGACCAGAAACCCAAAAGACCAAUGGCUAAUGAUAGAGCCAUGCCUGAGCCUGCAGGAAUCAGCAAUACUUCACCUCAGAGUUCAAGAAACAUGCGGAGAUAUCGACAGCGUACCCUUAUACAGGAGCAACAAGAGCUUCAACAGGACAAGCCGAUUCACCAUGAGGUCAUGUCAGCUGAACCUUUGGGGACAGCACCUUGUCGGCCAAGGCACAGCCUUCCAGCCAUCUUCCCCCAACUGGGCUACUCAUCCGGCUCUCACUCGCCCACUCCCUCUUCACCAAUGUCCACAUCGUCUUCCUCCUCUUUGUCUACAAAUGCCGGCCCGGAAUCAAGCAUCAUAUACCCCCCCACUGAUCCUUUGACGACAGUGGGUAGAGAUAGCUCCAGUAGGAGCUGGGGUGAAAGUAACUAUACUCGUAACAAGGACGUGAUCGAGGACCUCAAAAAUUUUAAUGCUCAAAGAAGGGAGAGGGCUCUUUAUAACACCAUGGGAAGCAAUCAGAGCAAUGAUACAGAGAGAAAUCUCAACAGAACCAGCUUAGACAAUUAUUCUAACCGAGCUAACACCAGCUGGGUGGCCAAUAACCAGGAAACUGAUACUAACCUAGUAAUGGAAAAAGAUAUUUACAACAAUAACAAUGAGGAGAGUUCUAGUACUAGAUUAAGUCGAGAGGCAAAUAAAAUGUUCAGACAGAAAGGGGGAGCUGUUGAAAAUAGAAAUAGUGAUUCAUAUUUGAACAGGACUCAGACACCAGAAAAUUAUAACCCAUAUCAGUCCAACACCAAUCAUUCACAGUUCUCCAGGUAUCCUGUAGAACUGCGGUUGAGCAGGUCAGACUCUUCUCAGAAUGAAACCCCAGUCACCUCAGAGCAUCAUCCACCGCAGUUGUCUGUCCCAGCAAACUACACAGUGCACACCGGUGUGGACACUUGGUCUUUUGGUGACCAUCUCCAGAUGCAGGAGAUGACAUACCCCUCCAGGGGAUCCCAAGUGAAGGAGGCCCCAAACCAGGAGAGCAAGCCCCACCACCCCAAUUUUUACAAUCAUCAAAACCGUAUUUACAAACAGGAAAACUUUAACAGAGAUGACCAGAGCCGUAUUUACAAGCAGGACAGCACAAGCAGUGAAGACCAGAAGUGGACAGUCCUGUCUAAUAAGUUUGAUGACCAGGGUGUGGACCAGAAAAGUUUUCAAGGUAAAGGUCAUCCUUCUCCAAGCUAUAAUGAGUCAGGCUACCACAGUUUUGCUGAGGCCCAGCUGGACUCCAACUCCAUGGAAGCCAGAAACAAUGCCAUCAAUGAAGAGCACAAUGAUCCCACACAGUCCAACAAUCAGCGGUGGCAAAUGUACAAGCAGGGUCACCCAGGGGAUGUGGGCAGCAAGGUGGGACCCCCCAAAGUGGAGAAUGGAUUUCCUCCAGCAGGGGAAGGGCAGGUAAAAGGCAUGCUGAACAAGCUGAAAGGUGUGGAUCUUCCUGUACCGAAAGAAUCCCCCCAGCGGCCAGCUGGAGACACCAGCGGGCUUAUCUCUGCAGCAAAAGAUGGGCUCAACCGGCAGUUCGUGCCAAAAGAGGCCCCAGCACCAGAGCCUGAGAAGAAAACUGAGAGUGACCUACAGUGGGACAGGAUACAGAGGAGAUUGAAGAGGCAGCUGAUGAUCAAAGACAUGGACUUCACAGACCUUAAAGAUGAAGAUGAUGAGGAUGUCUUCUCUCCUCCAAAAAUGUUUUUAGAUAAUUCAUUCGGUCCUCCGCCUCCACCAGGAAUGCCUCCUUUACCACCUCCGCCACCCAUGGGAGGAAUGCCACCUCCUCCGCCCCCACCAGGUUGUGUGCCUCCUCCCCCAGGUGGAUUCCCUCCACCCCCACCCCCUCCAGGGGGUAGAGGCCCUCCCCCACCUCCAGCAUCAAACUCCCCAGCUCUACCCCCUCCUCCCGGUGCUAACCUGAAGAAAAACAAAAAAACUGUCCGCCUUCAUUGGCGCACCUUAGGUGUAGAGCCUCAUCCUUCCCUGAAGGGGGAAAUCAUCUGGAAACAGUUAGUUCCCAUCAAGAUAGACACAGACAAAUUAGAGCAUCUUUUUGAGACCAAAACUACAGAGAUGAAAACUAAGAAACAAGAUGCAACUGGCAAGAAAGAGAUAACAGUCCUAGACCCUAAGAGAUCUAAUGCAAUCAACAUUGGCCUGACAGUGCUACCACCACCCCGUGCCAUCAAAGCAGCCAUUCUAAAGAUGGAUAACUCAAUUAUGAACAAAGAAGGAAUUGAGAAAAUUUUGACAAUGAUGAUACCAACAGAAGAGGAAAAGUCUAAAAUAUUGGAGGCACAGAUGGCCAACCCCGAUAUACCUCUGGGAACUGCGGAACAAUUUCUUUUGACCUUAUCCUCAAUAUUUGAACUUGAGGCUAGACUGAAGCUCUGGUUGUUUAAGUUAGACUAUGAACAGUUAGAACAGGAAGUAGCAGAACCAUUGAUGGAUCUGAAGAAAGGGAUUGUUGAUCUCCAAAAGAACAAAACUUUCAGAUGUAUUCUCUCAGGAAUUUUAGCCAUGGGAAAUUUUUUGAAUGGUGCAUCUGUUCAUGCAUUCAGUGUAGAGUUCCUGCAGCGUGUGCCAGAAAUAAAAGACACUGUACAUAAGCACUCACUGCUCCAUCAUUUGUGUACACUCAUUAUUGAGCAAUUCCCAGACUCCACAGACUUGUAUUCUGACAUUGGGCCAAUCACAAGGUGUUCCAGGGUUGAUUGGGAAGAAAUUGCCAGGAAGCUGGACAAAAUGGAGUAUGAUUGCAAAGCAUCCUGGGAUCACCUCCGUGCCAUUUUGAAACAUGACGGCAGCUCUACAGAUCUGAAGGGAAAAAUGUCAUUAUUUCUGGCUGAUGCAGCUGAAAGAAUCAUGAUACUGCACAUUAUUUACAGGAGAAUUUUAAACAGAUACAGCAAGCUGCUACUGUUUCUUGGCUUUGCUGUUCAUGAUGCCAGAGAGAUGAAGAUCAACCACUUCUGUAAAGUCAUCAGUGAGUUUGCUCUAGAGUACAGGACCACAAGGGACAAAGUCUUACAGAUGCUGCAGAAGAAGGCAAACCAGAGGGAGAGAAAGAAGACCAGGGGCAAGAUGAUUGUUGAUACGGAAAAUUUUAAGGGUAAAGAUGCAGCUAAUGAUGAUGCUCUGAAUGCAAUUUUGAAAAAUGGAUACACAAGUGCAGAUGAAAGAGGUUUACCAGGACAGAAAAAUCGCAGAAAACUAGAUGCCAGGUCCAUGGGCUCCACUAGAGGUGGCAUGACAACAGAUUCUGACAUGUAUGACACUGGUGAUGAUGAAAUCUUAGAAGCUUGUGUCAGGACUGCCACUGCACCCACAUCUCGACCACAGCGGGAACGAAAGAGGUCUCGCAGUCAAAGAAAGUCUUCUUUUUGGGACAGUGAUUUCUAGUGAGACGAACGCUGAAAGGAGGCCUGGACUCAGAGGAAAUGAUGGUGAUCAACUCCUAUGCAGAUCAUGUUUGACACUGUUAGGUGUAAAUCUUCACUAGAUCAGGACUGAUCUGUUUUAAUAGAUCUACAGAACUUUGAGCAUUAUACGUUUGGUUACUAAUUUAUCUGCAUAUUAUUUAGUAGCUAGAGUUUAAAACUGGUAGGCUGACUUUGUGUUUUCUAUCACAAAUUACUCUGAAAAAGUGUUAUACAUCAGAUAUAUACAUAUGUAUUUAUAAUAUAUAAUUCCCAUUGUUUCUCUAAUUCAAUGUUUAUGCAUUUUGUUCAUAUAAGCUAUAAAUUGUACAGUCCCAAAAGAAAAAGACUGGAUCAAAUUGAAUGAAGUCUUUCACAGAAUUCUUCUGUUGAAUUUCAAACAUUUAGCGAGAUUUUGUUUUAGCCCUUCGAUAGUAACAAAAUAAAUAUACUUUUGUUCAUUAUUUUCUUUGUUUUGAUGAUGCAGCUAUGAUGAUUGAUCUUGAACAUAACACAAUGUAGCAAUGUUUAGCAGAAUGAUAGUAUCACAUUAUUUCAUUCAUUAGAAGAAAGUUUUUUUAAUUUCUCCUAAAACUUGGUUGCUUUGCUUGCUUAUCUUCAUGUACAUUGAGUGUGGCAUCAUGGGAUAUAUAUAUAUCUGUAUAUCAGCAUCCACGUCAUUGACGUAGCUAUUUAAAUAUUUAUAUUCAACCUAUUCAUGUGCAAUAUGGCCACUGGCCCUUGGGGCUCAUUUUUUUUUUUUUUUGCUUUGAGCAAAAAAAACAACUGUAAUAGAUCAGUAAAUAGUUGAAAAGCUUUUUGUUAAUAUUUUAAUUGUUUGGUUAUGAAUACACAUUUUUUGUUCAUUUUUUUGUUGCUAAAGUGUGUAGUUGAAGUCACUGGAGUUAAAACACUCUGACUGACAACCCAGUUUCUUUGUUACAAUGCUGUUGACUACUGUUCAUAAACUUCCCACUUUUGCAAUGGUUUUAGUUUUGUCUUUCCACUAGAUCUGUCUCAUUGACCUUAUUCAUUUUGAAUGUUUCAUUCAGCUUCUUAUGCUUGCAUGGAAGACUUGUACAAAAACACAUACACUAAGAAAGAUAUAGGUAAUGUAGGUGCACACUUAAUAGGUAUACCCAUAUUUUUUUAUACAUUCAUUUUUUGUCACUGUUUGCUUGUGUUCUGCUACCUGGUUCAAGAGAUUCAAAUAUCUCAACACAUAUCUUUAACUAAACAAGUUUUUGCAAAUCUUUAAUAGUUACAUUUUGUUUUCUGUAUUUCUAGCAUAAUUUUUAUCACAUCUGGCAUCAAGUUAUUUUAUUAGGUUGUAAAUUUUAUUAGCAGACAAGUUAAGGGAAUCUCGAUUUUAUUGAAACAAAUUGUCUGGACACAUGUUCAUUUUAAAAUAUUAUUUAACCAAGUUUUAUAUUGCCUUAUAAGAGUCUUCAAGAAGUCAAAAUACAUUUUUUAUUAGAUGAAAUAAAUCAGAUUUUGUGGACAUAAAUGACAAAUAAAUAAAAAAAAUAACAGCUUAAAAUUGAUCUUUGAUUUUAAUUUAAUUUUAUAAUUUUAUGAAAAUUUAAUGAAAUGGAUAUUUUGUCUGGCUUUGUGUCUAAGCAGUAUUUGAAGACAAAAAAAGAUGUUUUGUAAAUGUUUGGAUUUGCAGCCGUCCAUUGCCUUGCACAGUUUUUGACUCAAGUGCUUUUCAUUUGAACACAAUGUGUUUUCUAUGCAAUAACUAUUUGUAAAGUUGCACAUGUGAAUAUUUAUUCAUUUAAAAUACAGUGAUAUGUUUAUAUAGCGAAUCAAAUCUAGAGCAACUUUGUUGUUUAGAAAAGAGUACUUCUAUAAAUAGUUUCUAAACUAUGAUUACUCUCUGAAAUGUCAAUAUCGUUAUUAAACUUGUUCUUAUAUCUUAUGUUUGGACAAACUAAUUAUGCAGAAAAACAAUAUCAAAAUAAUUGUUUAAAUAGUCAUAAUCAAAUUGUUUUCACAACAAAUCUAUAGGAUGAGCUUUAACUGUUUGGACUUGUCACUUGAUGAAGUUAAUGUAUUUCUAAACCUGAAAAGAUAUAAAAAUGAAAUGUGUAUUUUUAUAGAAAUACACACACUUUUGUACAAUUGAUCCAAGUGCUCUUUCAGAAAUGUCUUUGAUUGAUGUCAUUUUGAGCAGCAAUGGUUACCUUGACAUUCAAGCAAUUUAAUGUUUACAUUGCAGUGGUAGGAGACAAUUGGUCUUGAAACAAAACAUAAGGUGAUUAGGAUUCAAAUCGCUUGGGUAAAAAAUAUCUGGGGGAUUGCCUUGAAUAUUUGUGAAUGAAUUCAACAUUUUGUUCUGAAAGUGUUACCUAGCAUUCUGUGGUUUUGUUUUAGGUUUCACAAGAUAUUUUUCAAGUUGUAUUUGCCAUUAGUUCAAAUGUAUCUUUUCAUCAUUUGUUUUUUAACACAUUUUUUUUACUUUGUUUGUCAACAUCAAGCGUUCUUUGAAUUUCUUUCCUAGUCAUAAUGUUUCAAGUGAAAAAUGGACAUCUAACCAUGUGUCUCAAAUCAAUGGGACACCUAACCUUGUGUCAAUGUUUUUUGUAUUGUAUUCUGUGACUAGUUUUAAAAUGGAUUGAUCUGGUCUAGUGUCUAGUUGUGUUUCAGUUCUUCACUGUAGAGUUGGACAGUGAUCCUUUCUUUAGAGUUGUGUAGAGAAAUAGCACAGCAGUUGACUUCCCUUAGCACUCAAGUUUUAAAGUCUUUUUUUUUUUUCUCAUGUUGAAUUGUUUCAUUUGUCAAAACAAAUAUUACAAACAAUUUUUUUAAAAACUCUGUUGACUAUUUUUAUAUAUAUCAUUUUGUCAAACUGAAGUUGAAAAAGAAAUGUCAUUUUCUUGAAAAAAAAAUUUUUUUUACAUAUAAAAACAUAUAUAAUCAUU